AUGCGGCCGGGACGACCGGUGCGCCUGCUGCGCCUGGUCGCGGUCGUCGUCGGCGCGCGGGGCCAGGCGCCGGUGCCGAACUUCUUGGUCGAGGUGCGCAGCGGCCGCGACGCCGCGGCCGCCGUGGCGACGGUGGCGUCGGCCGUCGUGUCGGCGGCGGCCGGUGGUGGCGGCCGGGGCCUCGAGUUCACGAUCGCGGCCGCGGAGCCCUUCGACGAGCUCGGGCGCUUCGCCGGCGCGAUGCGGCUCGCGCGGGCGCUGCUCCGGCCGCCGGGCGGCGGCCGCAACGCGGCGCACGUCGACGUCGUGCCCCUCGACGGGCCCGUGGAGUCGCUCGUCGACGGCGUCUUCGUCGUCCUCGACGCCGGCGCGUGCUUUUUCGGCGACCCCGGGUCGCUCUUCGACGGCGUGCUCGCGGGCGCGCCGCCGGCCUGGGACGGUUUGGACUGCGGCGCCGCGGCGUUUCUCCUCGACGGCCUCGUCGACGCCGGCGGCGACCUCGGCGGGGCCGCCGCGGCCGCGGACGCGCUCGUCGCCGCCGGCGGGCCGCGCGCGGCGCUCGGCGAGGCCGUCCUAUCGCUCGGCGACGCGUGCGGCGUGCGCAUCACGGCCGUCGGCGACGACUUCGCCUGCGAGAAGUACCGCCAGUGCACGCUCAAGUGGACGAGCGCCCGCGGCGCCGGGCCCCUGACCCUCGAGGUCGUCGCCUGGGACACGUCGCUCGCGACGACGGCGGACGUCGUCGACGACGGCGUCGACACCUUCGUCGUCCGCGAGGGCGGCGUCGGCGACGGCUUCAUCGCGCGCCUCGGCCGCGGUGGCAACUGCGCGCCGGCGACGCGCCGCUUCGCCGUCUUCGCGGGCCCGCGCGGCGCGACGACGACGUGCGUCGACGCCCGGGCGGGAAACAAAAAUAUGCAACACGACUUCAAUGUCGACGCGGCGACGGGCGAAGAGGGGCCCUGCGGCCCGGGCGUCGAGGCCUGCGACGGCGACGCCGACCGGCGGCGAAGCGAGGGGCCCCGGUUCCACCUCAAGGACCGCCUGGGCUGCGGCAUGAACGACCCCGCGGGGCCCUUCUUCGACGCCGAAUCGGGCGUGGUCCACGUCUUCUUCCAGAAGCACGUCGCGGUGCCGCCGGGCGGCGGCCCCGUCUGGGGCCACUUCGCCACCAAGGACCUGCGGCGCUGGGCGCAGCUGCCCGUCGCGCUCUGGAACGGCCCCGGCGACGACGCGGUCUUCACCGGGAGCGCCGCGGCCGUCGGCGGCGCGCCGCGCCUCCUCGCGGCCGUCGUGCGCCGCGGCGGCGCCGUCGACGUGGAGACGUACGCGCCCGCGGACGCCGGCGACGCGCUCCUCGCGGCCUGGGCGCCGCGCGGCGCCGGCGCGGCCGGCGCGGCGCGCGACCCCGCGGCGCCGUGGCGCACGGCCGCGGGCGAGUGGCGCUUCGUGGACCACGACGCCGUCGAGUAUGCCUCGGCGGACUUCGAGUCGUGGCGCAGCCUCGGCGCCAACGGCGCGCUCGGCCCGGCCUGCGAGUGUCCGAGCCUGUUCCCCAAUCCCGGCGCCGGGCCGGGCGACCCGACGCACGUCCACAAGCUCUCCUGCCACGUCGACGGCGUCUCCGGCGACUGGUGGCGCCUCGGCGACGUAUCCGAGCCCGCGCCGGGCGAGGCCACGGGCUUCGGCCCCGCGGCCGGCUGGGCCGACGCCUUCGAGUGGCACCCUGUGUGGCGCCGCGUCGACGCGGGCUACUCCUACGCCGCCAAGGACGUCCGCGUCGGCGACGCGACGCUCCUCCUCGCCUGGGUCCAGGUCGCGCCGCGGUCCGCGCUCUCGCUCCGGCGGCUCCGCUUCGACGCGGCCGCGCGGGUCCUCGCGCAGUACCCCGCCGACGGCGCCCUCGACCGCCGGCGCCUGCCGACGCUCUUCGCCGCCGCGGACCCCGGCGGCGGCGAGCGCGUCGCGAAGACGUCCGCCGCGCUCCGCCAGAGCGACGUCACCGCGACGUUCACCGUGCCCGGCGGCCCCCCGCGCGGAUGCGGCCCCGCGACGUUCGGCGUGCGCCUCGGGCCGACGACCUGCACGCUGGCGUCCCCCGGCCGCGCGCCCGGCGAGGCCGCGACGCUCGCGGUCGCCUGCGCGAGCCCCCUCGGCGGAUGGGAGGACGUCGCGGUCGUCCUCGCCGGCGAGCGCGACGUCGAGGUCCGCGUGCUCACGGACUGGACCUUCCACGAGGUCUUCGUCGCGCGGGGCCGCGUCGCCAUGACCGUCGCCGCGACGUCCGACGGCGACGAGCUCCCGGCGGACAUGGCCUUCGCCGUCUUCGGCGACGCGCGCGCGCGCGUCGAGGCCUACGCCGUCGCCGACAUCGCCGCGUCCGAGGCGGAGGUCCGCGAAGCGCCCCGGUCCCUACCAUAA